CAGACCCACUAUGGAAAUCCGCUAAAAAUAACGAUUCUUUAAGAGAAUUCGUUAUUUUAGCAAACCCAUUAUGGAAACCCAUUAAAAAUAAUGAUUCUCUAAGAGAAUUCAUUAUUUUAGAGACUGCUAAAGAUAAUGAUUCUCUAAGAGAAUUUAGAAUUCGUUAUUUUAGCGAACUCUCUAUAGGAACCACCAAAUAUGACGAUUCUCUAAAAGAAUUCAUUAUUUUGGUAGAACCAUUAUGGAAGCCCGCUAAAAAUAAUUAUUCUCUAAAAGAAUUCAUUAUAUUGAAAAUCAUUAUUUUGGUGAAUUCUCUAUGGGAACUCGCCAAAUUUGAUGAUUCUCUAAGAGAAUUCAUUAUUUUGGCAGACUCACUAUGGGAAUCAGUUAAAAAACCACUAUGGGAAUCUGUCAAAAAUAAUGAUUCUUUAAGAGAAUUCAUUAUUUUGGCGAACUCUCUAUUGGAAUUCGCUAAAUAUGACGAUUCUCUAAGAGAAAAUCAUUAUUUUGGUAAAUCCUCUAUAGGAACUUGCCAAAUUGACGAUUCUCUAAGAGAAAUCAUUAUUUUGGUAGACCCGCUAUGGGAACUGGUUAAAA